GGAACGGAAUGGUAAUGGUACAAAACGAACGAGGAGCACGGUGUACUAUUUUGGACCUGGAGACUAUUUCACAAUGAUCGUAGUGCUGGCCUAAUUGUCGGGCUUGCGGCUACUAAAACUAUAAAACACUACACGCGAUUCACCUUACCAUCCUUUCGCCACAUUUGCUACAUUUUCCCGCCAGCUUACCGGGGCUCCCAGUGAAAAAGCAGAGCCAGUGCAUCCGCGAAAUGGCCAAAAAGGAGGCCUGCGCCCACUUUGCGGCUGCCGCGGCGGCAAUAGCAGCCACUCCCAGCCAGAGUCAGUCAAAGGCCACGAUGACGGACCCGCGAUUCCGGAUUCGGCCGCUGCAGCAAGUGGCAUCUGCCUGCACCGGCGCCAUGGUGACCGCCUGCUUCAUGACCCCUCUGGAUGUGAUCAAGACCCGGCUGCAGGCGCAACAGCAGGCGCUGCUCUCGAAUAAGUGCUUCCUCUACUGCAACGGAUUAAUGGAUCACAUUUGCCCUUGCGGACCGGACACGCCAAAUCCAGCAACCGCCAAGCCCGCUCCCCGCUUUUCUGGCACCAUUGACGCAUUCAUCAAGAUCAGCCGCACCGAGGGCAUUGGCUCUCUGUGGUCGGGCCUCAGUCCAACGCUUAUUUCUGCCCUGCCCUCGACCAUCAUUUAUUUCGUUGCAUACGAGCAGUUCAAGGCCCGUUUCACUGACGUCCAUUACAAAUACAUGCAAAACUUUGACGCCAGCGGUCGCGACAUUCCACAAUCGAUUCCAAUUUUGGUGCCCCUCCUGGCUGGCAUUUCGGCCCGGAUCCUGGCCGUCACCUGUGUCAGUCCCGUGGAGCUAAUCCGCACCAAAAUGCAAUCGCAGCGCAUGACGCACGCCGAGAUGUUCGGCACCAUUCGCCAGGUGGUCCAGACGCAGGGCGUUUUGGGCUUGUGGCGCGGCCUGCCGCCAACCAUACUACGCGAUGUGCCCUUUUCGGGCAUCUAUUGGACCUGCUACGAGUACCUCAAGAGCUCCUUCGGCGUGGUGGAGCCCACAUUCAGCUUUAGUUUUGCGGCUGGAGCGAUUUCAGGAUCGGUGGCUGCCACGAUCACCACGCCAUUCGAUGUGAUAAAAACCCACGAGCAGAUCGAGUUCGGCGAGAAGUUUAUAUUCUCAGGUAGGCAGAAUGUGGUUCAGCUUACCCGAGCCAACGGCAUUGACAAUGGUUCGGUUUGCAUUACGGCAGAUAAUCCUCCAAAGCAAGUGCCCACCAAGUCGGUGGCUCACCGUCUGACCAGCAUUUAUCGUUUGGGCGGACUGCCUGCCAUCUUUUCUGGACUGGGACCGAGGCUCUUUAAGGUGGCGCCAGCGUGUGCUAUUAUGAUUUCGUCCUUUGAGUACGGCAAGUCUUUCUUUUACCACUACAACAUCGACCAGCACAAACGCAGCAAUUCAUAGACGACAUAGGCGUCCGAAUCGUUUUCACUUGAUUCUAAUGUCGACCUUGAAUAUCCAUGUAAAUAUUGUAAAUUAAUGCCCAACGGUGCCAGGAAAUUGGCAAGCAGGCAUCGUCGUCGUCUGCUGGGUUUGGCGAGCCCCGUCGAACUUGUUUAAAUUGUAGUGAAAUAAAAUUCUUGUAUUUCCUGGUUAUGAAAACAACAACAAAAAACUGGCAGCUGGUCAUUCCCACCACUUGAGCUAGUCUUAUGUUUGAGCUAAGAAGCUAAACAAAUGGGGGCUAGCAAAAACUAUUGUUUUUUAUUAAAAAAAAAAAAAAGGGUGUAUUUGUGCCCCAACAACUAUGUAUUUAUACGGACAUUACAGCGCACAUUAACAUAUGAAUUUUCUGUUGACCUUGUUGAAUAAAAUACAUAAUACUUAUA